AUGCGCUCAACCACCCUCACCAUCCUAUCGCUCACAUUCCUCCUCACCUCCGCCAACCCCAUCCCCAUUCCUGCAGCAGCAGCUCUAAUCGAACGCUCCACCAGCGCCAUAACCACCUCCCAAAUCGAAGCUAUCGCCCCGAAAUCCGCAUCAUGCGAUAACGCCCCCGCGGCAGGGGAGUGCGCUACGGCCGCGCAGGCAGCGACACAUAUCGCCAACUCGUUCAAGACAUACAAGGUGACGUCGGCGGCGGAACAAGCGGCGGUGAUCAGUCUGAUGGCGUUUGAAAGUGAUGAUUUUAAGUAUAAUAAGAAUCAUUUCCCGGGGGUGGCGGGGCAGGGGACCCGCAACAUGCAAUCCCCCACCUACAACAGCAAAUACGCCUCAUCACUCCCAGAUCUCAAAACCAAACUUUCCUCCGUGACCAACAACCCAGCCGGACUCCUCGACCUGCUCCUCGCUAAUGAAGACUACGACUUCGGCUCCGGCGCCUGGUUCCUCACGACGCAGUGUGAGGAUUCCGUGCGCAAACAGCUCCAGACUGGUUCCGAGAGUGGUUGGGAGGCGUAUAUCUCGCAGUGUGUGGGCACUACUGUCACGGAUGAUAGGAAGGCGUAUUGGCAGAGGGCUGUGGAGGCUUUGGGUGUUAGUUUGUGA